UCACCACCAUUUCCAAACAACACACUCCUUCUCACUCGGGCUGUCCUCAUUGUUGUGCCAGCACUCCAGAGAGUGAAGUCACAAUACAGGCGUAUUAGUCGUUAUAUCACGUCUGACUUUUUAUAGCUGAGUGACUUUCAUUGCUAUCGCUCUGGACAGACUGGUCAUCUUUGUGAGGAUACUUCACCAGCAACAACCAAGUCAAAAUGAAUGUACCUCGGUCAGUGCUGCUUUGUCUGGCAGUUGUUGGGCUUUGUCUGGGAGAUGAGCCUGUGGAGGAAGUCAUAGUAGCGAGAAAAGUGCCUGUGUUGGGCGGCUGGUUUGAGAGCAAUGCAGAAUCACAGGAAGUGCAGGCUGCAGCUAAGCAUGCUGUGGAUACCUUCAACACGUACUCAAAGGCCAAGAGGUUGUUCAAGCUAGCAUCCAUCACGUCUGCGCAGACUCAAGUGACCAACGGCCUCAACUACAGGAUCAAUGCAGUGCUGGGAAAAACCAAGUGUCUCAAGGCGAAAAAUCAUGACCUAAGCAACUGCAAUCCUGAGAAAAAGACUCUCAAGUGCCACUUUGAGGUGAUGUUCAACCCCAGUGGCAACAAAUAUGAGAUGCAGAGUCAGAAGUGCAAAAUGAUUGUGCCCAAAGAUUAAGACAGUUUUAGCUUUUUGGAAACCCUUUGUUACAUCUAUAUAAGCUCUAUAUUAAAUACACUUCAAAGCAUAAAGGGAAGUACAAUGUAGUUUGUUGUUGCAUUGAUUUUAUUUUAGAGUAAGUGCAAAAGAAAAUAUACAAAUAUUAUUGAAACAAUCCCAAACUUGUUGUGCAAUCCAUCAUUUGCUGCAGUAAACUCUGAUGCAGGUUUGACUUUAAUCCCAUACAGCACAAUAAAGAAUUUUGAAGUAGA